AACAAGGAGCAAAUUAACCAAUCGUUCCUCAGUAGCCUCCAUUGUGCGAGCUCUUUGCUUUUUCCAUAGAUGCAAUCAGUAAGAACUCUGUCGAUCAUGAAGAAACCAACAAUCAUGGCUUCAACCCCAUCAACUCCACCAUCUCCACAAUCUCUCCCUUCCAAAACCACAUCUUUGAGAACCCUUUCUUCCAAAAAACCAAGAAAUAUUCUCACAAAUCCAAUCCCAGAAGAAGAUCCCAAAUGGGUACCCCUAAACUUAUCAAAAUCAGAACUUUACUUGCCCCUCACUUUCCCAACAGGCCAAACAUUCAGGUGGAAACAGACAGGACCCAUUCAGUAUACUGGUGUUGUUGGUAGGUCCCACUUGGUUUCACUGAAGCAGCUUGACAAUGGUGAUGUUGGGUACUAUUUCCAUUGCACUACCUCUGACUCUGACUCUGAAUCUGAAUCUGCUGCUGAUGCUAGGGUAGCCCUUCUUGAUUUUCUUAAUGUGGGUAUUUCUUUAACUGAGGUUUGGGAGAGUUUUAAGGCUUCUGAUAAAAGAUUUGCUGAAUUGGCUAUUCAUUUGGAAGGUGCUAGAGUACUAAGGCAAGACCCUAUUGAGUGUCUUAUUCAGUUUAUUUGCUCAUCUAAUAACAAUAUCAAGAGAAUUACUAUGAUGGUUGAUUUUAUUUCAUCAUUGGGGAAUUAUUUGGGAGCUGUUGGAGGUUUCAAGUUUUAUGAGUUUCCUUCACUGGAAAGGUUGGCAAUGGUUUCUGAACAAGAGCUAAGAGCUGCUGGUUUUGGUUACAGGGCUAAAUAUAUAGUAGGUACUGUGGAAGCACUGAAAUCAAAGCCUGGUGGAGGUAUGGAGUGGCUUGCUGCACUUCGCAAAGUAGAUCUUCCUGAGGCCAUUGUUUCGCUGUGCUCUCUACCUGGUGUUGGUCCUAAAGUCGCAGCAUGUAUUGCUCUCUUCUCUCUGGAUCAGCACCAUGCUAUUCCAGUUGAUACUCAUGUGUGGAAGAUCGCGACCAGAUACCUCCUCCCUGAACUGGCAGGAACCAGUCUUACGCCUAAACUUUGCAAUCAUGUGGCAGAUGCUUUUGUGAGGACAUAUGGAAAAUAUGCUGGUUGGGCUCAAACUCUGCUUUUUAUUGCAGAACUACCUUCACAGAAAGCACUGUUGAAUUCUACGGAAGAGAAGUCUCCUAAUUCUAGAAAGAGAAAACUGGGUGGGAUCACAAAGGUCCCCAAAGAAUGAUAUGUCAUGCUUGUGUUUUCAUGCUCGAAGUUAGAUUUAAUCUACGUGCAGAUCUGAUGAAGACUGUUUUUUCUAGUUCUCACCACCGAGGCAUGGCAAAAAGCAUCUAGCAGGUGAGCAUUUUGCAUGAAGUCAGUGUUCCAUAAUUAUUUAAUCGGUGGCGACUUACAGCCUAAUUUUGUAAGUAGGGUAUUUGUUAUUCUGUUUCAGUAGUUCCAAUUUGAACGUUCAGGCUGCUAAAGUUUCACAUAUUGAAAUGUGUAGGACUUCCUUCUGUAAGAAUGUAUUAAUUUGCAUUAACUAUAUGUUGUGUGUUAAAUUGGUUGAAGGCUUCAA